AUGGAAGGAGACGUGAAUGAUGAAGGUGGGAAAGACACUAUAAAAGGUAACAAUAACAGCCGCGGUAAAGACAGAAGUAAAGGCGGCAGUAAAGGUGGAAGUAAAAGCGGAAGUAAAAGCGGGGGUAAAAGCGGCAGUAUCAACAGCAGUAAUAACAGCUGUAACAACAGUAGUAAAAAUAGCAGUGCCAACAGUAGUAAAAGCAGUAAAAACAGUAACACCAACAGUAGCACCAACAGUAGUAAAACUAGCAGUGUCAACCGCAGUAACAGCAGUGACAGCAGCAGUUGCAACAAAAUGGACGCGAAAUCUUCCAGUGAUGCGCUCGCUCCAAAUUGCAACGGCGGAGAUUUUUUCGACCCAAGAAACGAAUUCCACAUCCACAAUACGGAUCAGGAAAAUUGCGGAAAAACACAAAAAGACAAUAUAAAAUUUACGCAGGUAAAUAAUUCCCAUUGGAAUUACGACAACCAAGCAGUUAGACAGAGCUACGACGCCAUUACAUCUAAUGAAAUAAGUGCGAACAACGCAAAUAUGUGUUUCUCAAAUAAUAGCGCUAUGAAUUACCACCCCCCAAUUCGUGAUGGUAAUAACAAUUUAAUAAAACCAAAUAAUGUGGGCUACUUAGAUUCUAAUACACUAAAUUCUAACCAUGUCUACAAUAUGAAUAAAGUUUACAUUGACGGGAAUCCAUUCGCCAUUAAGACAAGCACAACAGAUAAUAAUUUACUAAACAUGAAUUCUGCUUAUUUUAAUAAUGCAAUGAAAUGCUCCGAUUACCACAAUUCUAACAACUGCAUAUAUCAUACCGGCAUGCUAAACACGAGCACAUCAGAAAAUCAGAAAAAUUAUUCCAACAACUCAAGUCCGUAUAAAAAUGAUUAUUUGAAAUAUAACCUGUAUUCUGUGAAUUCUAUACAUAAUAAUUUGAAUUUUUCUAACAUAUCCAAUUCUAAUAACGUGAACUAUAACGUAUUUAAUAGCAGCGUCACCACCCCUGCCUUAGAUGCAAUGAAUUAUAACCCCAUAAACAACUCGUGCAAUGUGAAAUACACAUCUAACAUGCUGGAUUCUACACCAAUAAAAAAUGUUAACUUGUCCAAGGCGAAGGAUCUCAAUUUUAGCCACUCCAACAAGGUAUUUUUGCAGGACUCUGAUUUGUCUAAUAAUUCCUAUAGAAAAUUAAAAAAUGAAAUUUUGUCGCCAAACUAUCCCACUCCCGUGUGUAAUGUAGCCUCAAUCGAGGACUCUUCUAGAUACAUUUCGAACAAUAGUAGCAAACGUCCAAAUAAAAACCUUUUAAAAACUAAUGCUUUAAAUAGCACUGAUUCUAGCGUAGCGAAGGAAGACGUUAAUGCGUUAGUUUUUGCUCAACCGGGAGUCGCUGGCAACGAUAGGGCGAAAUUGCUAACUAGGGGAAUUGAAAGUUGUGAAGAAGUUGUGUCACGGGAAAGUGCGGAAAGGGAAGAUCGAGUGGAAAAAAUAGAUCGAGCGGAAAAAACAGAUCGAGCGGAAAAAACAGAUCGAGCGGAAAAAACAGAUCGAGCGGAAAAAACAGAUCGAGUGGAAAAAACAGAGCGCAGUCACAAACACGAACGAGGACAAGAACGCAAAAACGACGUAGGCAUGGGGGAAGACAAACAAAGCGACAAAAAAAAGAAGAAUGCACACCCAAUGAGAAACCAUUCAAAUACUCAAAAUAAAAAACAUAAAAGCGAAGGAAAUUCAUCAAAUACAAAUGUCACAAGUGGAAAACCAAAAGGAAAGUCUUCUGAUCAAGACAAAGAGGGCUAUUACAGGGAGGAUAAAUCAAGAGAAAAAUGCAAUACAAAUGAACGGAAAAAAGAUUCAAAGGAGGAAAAUUUCGCAGUGAACAUAACAAAAAAUCAAAAAAGUAGAAGAAGCGUAACAAAUGAAAAUCAACAAUUGAAGAGUGAAGAGAAAAUUUUCAAUUGUAAAGAAGAUACACACGAAUGCAGUUACAAAAAGGGCGCAAGAGAAAUCCCCUCAAAAGGAAGCAGUAAAAAUCAAAUUGUUGUGCACAAAAGAAAUAGUCAAGUUUUGACAAAGAUAAUGAAUUUCCAUGGUUCGGAUGAAGAUAUAAAAAAUGACGCGAUCUCUCAUAAAAAGAAAUACACCACAGAGCACACAAAAGGUGACGAAUUCCCCGAUAUUGUUAAAUCCAAUACGAUAAAAGAUAGGUUGAGAUCACGCUCAGCAAAAGAACAGGCAGAAAGAAAUAAAGCCAUACAAGAUAAUAAAAAUGGGAAAAAUUUGUCAAAAUAUGAUUUCCUCAUGAAUCGAAAUGUCGUUUUUAAUAAUGUUCCCAUAGAAAAUAAAAAAGAAGGGAAAAAAAAAGUAACCUCCCUGAAAAAUUGUGAAGAAAAGAGCACCAAUUCGGAACAAGUGCAAAACGAUAAUAUGGCGGAAAAAAAAAGAAAGCUUAAAGACAUCAGCCAAGGAAAAGUUGACUCAAAAGGUGAGCCCGUCGCGGAAGUGGUGAGCAAAAAUGAGAAAAAAAAGAAAAAAUUGAAAAUAUUGAAAACGAAUGAGGAUCCAAAGGAUCAAAAAAAUGCCAAUGAUCUAAGCAGUGUAGUUAUUAGCACGAAUGGCAAUAACCAUAAAGACAAACGAAAGGAAAAAGCUCGUCAAGACCAAACACAUGCUUCUAAUGCCAACGCGGGGGGAAAUAAAAAUUGUGCUAAAGCACCAAAAGGGGAUGUGGUCAAAGGGGAGGAUCUCGCUGGAAAGAAGCAAAAUGACAAAAAAAAUGAAACAGGUGUGUUAAAGGUGGAAAGUCGCAAAAAGGAUGAUAAGAAAACGGAACAAGGAAAAACAAGUGAAAAAGUGAAGAAGGACAAAAAGGCUCAACAGGUACAAAAUGGAGAACACCUUCUAGCAGUGCAAACUACAUUACUCCAUAAAAUGAAAGAAAAAAGCAGUAUAGAGGGAACGGAUACAAAGGAACCAAGCGAAGUAACGGUCGAAACGGAAGAGGCUGCAACCGGAGAAAGUAAUCUAGACAAGGGCGAUAAAAACGAGGCGUCUUUGCAAGGGAAACUUUCACAAAAGCGGAUAUACCCUUUGGAGGAAAAAAACUCCAUUAAAGAGAAAGGUAGAGAAAUGUGCAGUAAUGAAGAUGGUAAUGCGGAAAGGGGUUUUCCUCAAAUGGAACCUCCGCAGAGGGAAACCUCCAAAGCGAAAGGACUUAACAAAGAAGCGGGCAAACCAGAUAGUCAUGCAAACCGUGAAAAGAAAAAAACAUUCCCAAUGAACAACCCGAUCAAAGGUAAAUGCGAAGCAGUUGCCAACGGGAAGGAAGCGGUCGCGAAAGAAGAAGGAGCAAUGUUAGCCAGUACACAGGAAGACGCCUCCCCUGUGGACGCAGUAGACGGGUAUAAAAAAAAGGAAUCCGUGGUGAUAAAAGAGGAACCAAAAGGUCGCAAGCGGUGUAGCAAAACAAACGGUUCCAGGGGUGAGGAAAAGAAAGGGGAAAUAGGAAACACCACGCGGUUUAAACCAAACGUAUGUGAUGAACAUCCCGCAAAGGACGAUGCAGAAAAAUUAGAGAUGCCCAAUAGUGCGCAUGAGGAUGAAAAAGAAAAACUGAACGAUGAAAUAAUAAAUACAAUGGACCGAAAUGGAAACGUAAUUGAUAAGGACAAUUAUAAAAUUACGGCCUCAGUGAUUUAUCCCAAUGAUACUAGAACUGUACGUGUGAAUAGCAAAAAAAAAAAAAGCGUGAAAGAUUUAGAGCCAGAUUUACAGUCAGCGACAAAUGAAAAGAGCGAUUCGGUACAUGGCAAGGCAAAGAAAAUUUGGUCAAACUUGGGCUACAUCAACUACAUAGAUAACUUUGUCGGGAAGGGUUCCUAUGGCCACGUCAGGAAGGCUUUGUACAACAUUGACAAGAACACAAAGGACUUAAAAUUUUACAUUGACAAGAUAAGCAGUCCAGAAUUUGCACACCUGUUAAUGGAGUGUACCACGCUGAACAACUUGGAACGCGCUGACGAAAAAGACGCAGCGGAGCUAGACCCCGAGGCGGCCUACAGUAACGCCCCCAGUUUGAAAACGAGAAGAACCAAUUCGCUUGCCUUAAAUAAUGGAAGCGUCCCAGUUAGUGACGCAAAGGAGGUGAGCAGGGGUAUCCAAAACGAUAACCCAAAUUGCCAGGUGAACAAACGAAAAGAAUCCCGCAAUGUCCAAGAGCCCAUUUUAGAAGAACAUAAAAAAGAAAACCAGUGCCCUUGUUGUAACCGCAAAGGGCAUGUCCAGCUAGCCAUAAAAGAAAUAGACGUUAAUCGAAAAGGGAACGAAUUCCAAUUCGUGAGAGAACAAGAACUGAUGUGCCACUUCAACAGCAACGUCAUUAAACCUAUAAGCACAAAAAAUGGAAACUUAAAGGAAAGACGGAAUUACGAAAUAUUAAUGCAUUGUGCUAAUGGGGACUUGAGAAAAUUACUUCAAAAUUUAAUAUUCCACAGAAAAAAAGAAUUUGAAAAAAGAAAAAAAAUUAACAAAAUCCUGAAACUGAUACAUAUCAUUUUUGGGGAAAAAUACAAAUGCUACAAAAAUGAACAUAAAAGGGAAUAUACUUGUAUAGGUCUAUGUCAUCAAAAAUUAAAAAAUCUGAAAAUGAUGUUAAAUAACUCCGUAGUAGAGGUAGACUUACCCGCACUGGAUUUGAUAUAUGACAAUAUAAAGGUGUACAAUUGUGGGCUAACCGAAUUGGAGUGUAAAUUUCUCUUCUUUCAGAUAGCAAACGGAAUUAGCUUCCUCCAAACAUGCUACCAAUCUAACAUAAUACGCUUAACAGACAUUAAGUUGCAAAACAUUUUGGUGUAUACAAAUGCUCAUAAUAUUUAUAAUCCCUUCAAAUGGCAUUUGUGCAUUUCCGAUUUUGGCUGUUCCGCAAUGGAAUAUGCAACUUAUCACCUUGAAAAUAUGAAAGGAUACACAGAAAAGUACAAACGUGCCGUAAGUCAGUGGAAGCAUCAGUUAAUCAAUCAGCUCUCUUCGUACUUCCAAGGAACAGUUUACACCAUGGCACCUGAAGGGUUAUGCUACGACCACAAGGGAAAUUUUAGAAAUUCAAAAUAUAACACGUUGAUUCAUUUUUAUGAGCAAAAUUUUGGAAAUAUCGAUGUCAGAUUUAAAGAGCUUCAAGAAUCCGCAAGUGGGGCGUUUGGCACUAUAAACAAACGUAAAAUGCUUAAUAUAAACUCGCGUAGAAACUUCGUUUUCAAUGAUGAGGCGACAACACAAGACAAGCAAGCACCACCUCAAGGAAAUCCUGAUGGUGCUAACAAUGCUGGGGGAGAAAUGGAGGAAGAAAAGAAUGCAUCCAGUGAGAAAGAUCUUUCACAAAAGAAAGAGCUACCCUCGCAAAGAGACGACACGGAACAUGCAGGUAACGAAAAGGGAAAAGGGCAAGCUCAUGGGGAAGUGCAAGCUGAAGGGAAAGGGCAAGCUGAAGGGCAAGGGCAAGCUGAAGGACAAGGGCAAGCUCAAGGGGAAGUGCAAGGGAAAAACGGCCCCAAUGAAAGCAACAAAAAGAUGAACAACACCUCGACGGAAUACUUCCCUUUCGAUGUAAGAUGCGACAGCUGGGCCCUAGGAAUCAUCCUAGCCGAUUUAGGGAAAUGCGGAAUCGGUUCUUACGAUUAUAUAGCAUCAGAAAAGUUCAGCGAAAGCUACAUUAACUGUAUGAGGAAGAGCAAAAAUGUGGACCUAAAUAGCAUAGUACUGGAUAACUUGAAUUUCUCAAAGGGUGAAGAAGUUUUCUACCUGCAGUGUAUAAUGCACUACUACGACAUUGUCAGCUUGGAGUGGGGGGAUGAAUGUUUAGAGAAUGAGGAGCUAAAAAGGCGUGGACGCAAAAGGCACCAAGGGGAUGCGUCCAAGUGGGGGACCACUACAGACGAGACGGGUGGCAACUCCGGGGGAAACGCAGUAGGCAAUUUGGAAAACCAUCUUAAUGGAAACAUAGAAAAUGACCUUAGCGAAAAUUCCAUCGGGAGAGACAUGUACCAAUGUGCAGACAAACGAAGGAGCAAAAGACGCAGCGACAAGUGCUCACUAGGCAGAAGCAACUGCGCUAAGUAUCAUUCUAGAGGCGCCAAAGGGAUGGAAAUCAAACUUGAAGACAAUUUAAACGAUUUUUCAAAGCCAAGAAUAACGAAGAAAAGAAUCACAGCGAGAGGAACAAUUGGGGAUACAGGAAGAAAAAAAAAAAAUGAUGACAACAAUUUUGAAAAUCUAGACUUGUUUACAAGCCACUACAAGGAGUUCAUCUUAAAAUACAAAGAUCUCAUAAAAGGAGAGAAACUUGCAUAUAUAAAAUAUGAGUUUGUGAAAUAUUAUAAGUCGAAUAAACAUUUGAUAACUCCAAAAAAUAUAGGCAAGAAAAUCCUAUUCCUCUUUCUAAUAAUUAAUAACAACCUGACGUACAGUUACUACAAUGAGUAUCAGUCCUUCUUCAGAAACGAGCUAACUAUUAAGAACAUUGGGUCAGGAAUCUUCAAAUUUAGGAAUAAAAAAGAAAAAGAAAAAUAUCUCCUAGACUUUAAAGUCAACAUACAAAAGGAACACAUGAAUGGAAACAAGGAGUACUGGCAUAGUCGAUUGACCAAUAAAUAUUUGGCUUAUAUUUUAAAAGAAGUAUGUCAUAAAGAUUUUUGUGAUAGAAAAAAAAAUAUAAAAAGAUGUUACAGCAAAUUUGAGUACCCCCUAAAUUAUAGCGAUGACUACUGGAAUUUAUUGACUGAUCUUUUGAAUUAUGUUCCUUAUCAAAGAUUAUUAGCCUGUGAAGUUAUUGGCCACGAUUUUUUCUCAGAUCCAAGUGAAAAAAUUAAACACAUCGCAGCUGCUGCAGGCAAUGCUGCUCCAGAGAAGGUUGCUCCAGAGAAGGUUGCUCCAGAGAAGGUUGCUCCAGACAAGGCUGCUCCCGACAAGGCUGCUCCCGACAAUGCUACUCCAGACAAUGCUGCUCCAAACAAUGUUGCUCCAGACAGUGCUGCUGCAGACUUGUUUGCCCAAAAGGAAUUGAUGAAUAUCAUAUCGAAGAAUUACGUACAAGAAAAGAAGGAGAACAAAUAUGUGUGCAAUCCUUUUCUGCGGAAAACUGAAGGGGAAACUGCAACAGAGGCAAGUAGAUCCAACAUGGGAGACAAAUUUCUUCAGUUGCGUGCAAACAAAGGGAUUUCACUCAACUGCGUAUCAAAGUCUGCAGAAAGACGAGUCAGUGCAGGAAGAGCAAAAGAAAGGGACUUGUCAAAAGUGAGUUGGGCGAUGGGAAAUGAAAAGAACGCCAAUCAGCAAAAGAAAUUUAUGACGUCCCUUUACGACACCAUCAUUGAGCACAUGAAAAACGGGUGCGAUUUUUGCGACAACGUAAGGGACUGUCUGAAUUACAGAAAUAUUUUGGAGAGGAUCGACAAGCUGGAAACCCCCCGUUUAACGGUUAACGAAAGGGACCAAAGAGGUGUGAGCAGUACGCGGGGAAUAAGUGCGCUUAUAAGAAGUGCGCCUGUGAGAAGUGAACAAUUUGGGCGCCCACGAAAUGUAUGCAACAAUGUGUAUUAUUUCCUAAACGAAGCGUCCAUUUUUGCCGAGCUCACAAAUUUAGACAUAUUCAUGAAGGCGCACUUACCAUUCGAGCAUCUGUGCCUGCCCAUGUGCGAUGAAAAAACGCACAAGGAUAAAUUACAAGUGAACUUCUUCUUCAAGCCAAUGUACUUCUAUUCCUUCCCAUACAAAAUUAUACACGCGUGGUAUACGGGCCCCCUGCACAUCUACUUGGAGCACCCAGGCAUUCCUGAUUACAUCAACUCCAUAUGUUUAAGAGAAUCCUAUACUUUAAAAAGGAAAGAAAUUAUUUUUUGGGAUUGCGAAAAUAUCGUUAUGGAAAGUGCACUGAAGCUUAAGCGGCUUUUAAACUGCUCCGAUGAUUUCCUCUGCACCCCUUAUGUGUCCCAUAUAAUAGGAAAACAUUUGCUAAUUAGGAAGCAAUUCCUUUUAAAAAAUGUUGAUAAAAAAAUGACUAAUUCUUUCUUUUUUUUAAUUCAAAACUUGCUAUUUAAUAGCAGUCCAAUUUUUGCGUGUCCGUGA